CAACAGCUCAAAGGGCUCCUGGAGCCCCCCUGGAAUCGCAUCGGUAGUGCCGGGUCCCUCUCUCCAGCAGCUGACUUGGGGAUUUCUUCUGAAGCCACCUCUCUGGAGGGGACGGUGGCUGCAGCUCAGGAGGGAGCCACGGGGCUGUGGGGCGGCUGCCUUUGGCCAGGAUUCUUUUUGGGACGGGAGGUUGCAACUUUGGCUCGGUGUCUCUGCUGCUGCUUCUCCCUCACAGGUAGUGCGAGCACGUUUGGGAGAAGCAAACACAGAGCUGUGGGGAACAGUUGGUUGCCCCACAAGUUCUCAUCUGAGUCAGGGGCCCUGUGGGCAGUGGUGGAAGCGGCCAGCGCCGGUGCCUCGGUUCUCUGCCUGUGUGAGAAGGGAGAUGCCAAGGUCACGGAAGAGACAGGCAAGAUGUCGAAGAAGGAAAAAGAAAUGAAAACAGGGUUGUCAGGCCUUGGAACAGCUGCCCAGGGAGCUGCUGGAGUCACCGUCCCUGGAGGGGUUUCAGAGCCGGGAAGGUGCCGGGUCCUUGUUGCUGUUCCGAGGGUGGUGUUUCUCACAGAGCCUGCGGCAGCUGAUCUUCAGGAUGCUGCAGGAGAUCUGCAGCCUACUGGCAGUACCUCCUGGGUAGGCACCGAGCCCUUUGGACUGGCUGUUUCUGCACUGCGUGUGUCUCCUCCUGGAGCUGCAAGGUGCUGCCGGAGCAGCCGGGGCUUCCUGCCCCCGUGGCUGCCGCAGCCACUGCCCUGGUGCUCUGAGAGACGUGGGCUCCGGCGUCAGGUUUCCCUGCAGCGCUGCGGGUGCAGCUCAGCAGCUCCUGUCAGCCCGGCUGAGCCGGCCGGGCGCUGCCUGCCCCAUGCUUCUGCUCUCCUGCAGGCUACCUGCUGCUCGGGGGCUUCGUGGCCUUGGGGGUGUGCUCCAGGAACGGCCCAGUGGAGAACCAGCGCAGCAUCUGUCGCCUCUGCUGGGGCCUGCAGCUCCUGCUCACGGCUCAGGCAUCCAGCUCCAUUCUGUGCUUGCGCCAAGAACAUCGAGCACGUGACCUCUUGGGCCCAGACCUCAGUCUCACCACUGCUGGGACUUUUGCUGUGUGUUUGUUUCCCUUCCAGGCUUCACUCUCCUUCUGUGUCUGCCUUUUCCUCACUGCCCUCUUUUCCGCCUGGUUCUGUGUUCUUCCAUCCCCUCUGUGGGUUCAAGUCUGUUUCUGGUUUUAAUAAAGAUGUAUUUUGUAGCUAA